AGACCGCCUUUCGGGUGGGCGGGGCAAACGCUAGUGCACAACCAAUCACCGAGCCAGCUCCUGGAAGCGCUGGGAAGCGGCCAAUCGGAACUCACCUACUUCCGCCUGGACUGGCGCGCGAGAAUUUGAAUACAGUGGGGAUCCGUGGCUCUGCUGAGGAGAGGUCGCCUGUCCGAGGAGCAGGAGUUCAGUUAAGAAGAUGUCAACUUUAACUCCAAGGAAAAGGAAGCAGCAUUCUUUGAACUGUGAUAACCUAUUAUCAGAAAUUUCAUCAAAGAAAUUAAUUUCGGACUUUACUGAAAAUAUAUUUCCAUCACCUAAUGAAAAGCACAUUUGCCAAAGCAGUGAUAAAAAUGAAGAAAAGAUUCAUUGCUCUCAACAAGGCCAUUUCAUUUCAAGUCCACUCAAAACGACUAAAAAUAGAUUGCCAUCUGCAAAUCAAGGUUCACCAUUUAAAUCUGCUGUGUCUACCAUAUCCUUUUACAACAAAGAUAAGUGGUACCUCAAUCCACUGGAGAGAAAGCUGAUAAAAGAGAGUAGAUCCAUUUGUCUAAAAACUAAUAAUGAAGAUAGAUCAUAUCCCAGUGUGACAGAAAAAAUGCAGGGAAAACCAGCCUGCUCCAAGAAGAUGAACAAAAAACCACAGAAGAGUUUAACUGCUAAGUGUCAACCAGGAUAUAAGUGCAUCAAGCCUGUGUCAAAGAAUUCUAAAAAUUCCAAUCAAAAUCGAGUGGCCUAUAAGCCAGUUGUGGAGAAAGAGAAUAAUUGUUACUCAGCUGAAAAUAAUCUGAAUGCUCCUCGUGUUCUAAGCCAAAAGGUCAAACCACAAGUUACCCUCCAGGGAGGAGCGGCUUUUUUUGUUAGUAGGAAAAAACCCUCUCUGAGAAAAUUGCCCCUGGAAGAUAAGCCAUUACUGGGACUCACCCAAAAGAAUAAAUCAGAAGUUAUUGAAGAGUCUGAUGUGGAAACUGUCAAUGAAAGAAGUUUUGAGACAAGGCAAGUGCCAAAGUGUUUAUUAGUAGAAAAAGAACUGAACACUGAGCUGCUGAGUGAAAGAAGUAAAAAUGAAGAGAAAUUAAUAAAGGAUGCAUCAGAUAGAGUCAUUUCUUCAAGGGAAUGUAAAACCGAUGAAAAUAAGAGUUUUUCUUCAGAGGAGUCUUUCAGUGAGAACAAGGCUGUUUCUCCUGAGACCCUUGUCUAUCCCAUCUUCACCGUGUCUUCAGUCAACACAAAAAGAUCUCUAGUUGAAGAACAGUCUUCUGUGGGAUCCGUCACAUCUACUAACUUCUUGAAACAAAUCAAUAUACAGAAAAAUACUAAUACCAGAGAUGCAAAUAAAGAAACAAAGGACCAGCUCGUCAUUGACGCUGGUCAGAAACACUUUGGAGCCACCAUGUGUAGGUCUUGUGGCAUGAUCUACACUGCUUCCAGCCCCGAGGAUGAGCUGCAGCAUGUUCAGCACCACCACAGAUUCCUGGAGGGAAUCAAAUACGCAGGCUGGAAAAAAGAACGUGUCGUAGCAGAAUUUUGGGAUGGGAAAAUUGUGUUGGUCCUGUCACAUGAUCCGAGUUAUGCUAUCAGAAAGGUCGAAGAUGUCCAAGAACUUGUCGAUUAUGAAUUGGGCUUCCAGCAAGUUGUUCCCAGAUGUCCAAACAAAACCAAAACUUUUCUCUUUAUUUCUGAUGAAAAGAAAGUAGUUGGGUGUUUAAUUGCAGAGCCCAUCAAACAGGCCUUCCGUGUCCUGUCUGAACCAACUGGUCCAGAAUCCCCAAGCUCUAAAGAAUGUCAUAGGGCUUGGCAAUGUUCAGAUGUACCAGAACCUGCAAUCUGUGGGAUAAGUAGAAUCUGGGUCUUCAGACUGAAGAGAAGAAAGCGCAUUGCAAGACGACUGGUAGAUACUCUCAGGAAUUGCUUCAUGUUUGGCUGUUUUCUCAGCACGAAUGAAAUAGCAUUUUCUGACCCAACACCAGAUGGCAAGUUAUUUGCAACCAAGUACUGCAACACCCCUAAUUUCCUUGUAUACAAUUUUAAUACUUAAAGCCAAUUUCAACUAUAGAACAGUUACUAUAUGGAUGAGUUCAGACAGCCCAUUAUCAUAAAAUACAAACUAUUUAACAAAUAUCAAAAUAAAAAUACUAAGACACACACACAUAUACAGAAACCUGCCUCAGUUUUGUUCCUUAUGAAUUGAAAAGUCAGGGGUAAAUUCAUUGAAAAUUAUCUAGGGAUACAAAGAAAGGAAAAGUCUUUGGAUGAUGUAUACUGACUAGCACUCUGAAUCCUUAAUUAUGAAACUUAGUAGCUAUAGCUGGAAAAUACUUGCCUUCUAUGUAAGAACAUUGACAAAGCAAGGUGGUUUUCCACAGAAAUGUGACCACUUAUUUAUAAAGCACACUUUGGGGCCAGAAUUAGCUCAUGCCUGAUCAGAAGCAAAGAGGAAAAUUUAAAGACAAGCAAAUAAUUUCCAUCCCCAUUUUUUAAAAGGUAAUUCCUGAAUUCGUACACAAAAUUCUCACUUUAUAGGCACUUGGCUGUAGCAACUCAGUUUGAGUAUAUUUAAAGUAUUUUGAGUUUCUAAUUUGUACCAGGGAAAGAUGAUAAAGCAUAAGAUUUCCAUAUCCUUUUGUAUAGAACAGAAUUCUAGAGCUUAAUAUUUUUAUCUUUUUAAAAAUCAUUAAUCAAAACACACUUGUCAUCAGAUUUAAUUAAACUUAGUAAUUGCACUAUUGUCAUUUCAUUAAUUUUUGGUGUUUGAAAAUGCUAAUUGUAUUACUUUUCUUUAGUGAACUUACUGCUGGUGAUUGAUGUCUAACAAAAUGGAUACCCAGUUGGAUUAGAUGAUUCAUAUGAUUACAUUUUAAAUGUAUACUAACAGAACCAAGGUUAGUAAAUAAAUAUAUCUAGGCUGAUGGGCCACAGAUCAUGAUGACAUUAUGUAAAUACACCUAAAUAGGCACACAUUUUUCUGGUAUAAUUCUUGGAUACUUACUUUGAAAAGCAAAGAAUUAUUCAGGUUUUUUUUUUUUUAUUCUAAAAAACUCACGUCAUAACUUCUCUCUGGCAAUAAGACUCUAGGGAAGUAGUGUCCAGGUUGUAAUUCUAUGUAGAAUCUGUUCCUCUACAUUCUUUUAUUUGCCUUUAAUGGUUCAAAAAUUUAAAAGCCUGGGUUCCACAAAGACUGUGGAAGUGUUAAAAUGUGUGUAAUUUUACAAACAUUUUAAUGCUAUUUUCUGCACUGCUGUGUUUAAAAAUUGUCUUAAAUAUUUUAUUUUAAAAAAUUUUAUUAACAUUAUUUUGCUCAAUGCCUUUAUGAUGAAUCAAUUAAAGUUCUUUUCA